CAGGCAGCUGCCUCGGAGAAUGCAAAUGUCCUUUCUCUAACUUUUAACAGCCGGAAAGGAAAUCUAUGCCCAGGACUGACUUUUAAUUCUAUUGCCUUUUCUUUUAUCCUUCUCUUUUUAACUCUUUCAGGGAGUGCUGCUUCUCAGCGCCUGGUCAGCUCUGCCGCAUCUCAGAUGCUUGCCUUUGCCUUCAGCACCGCGGGGGGGAUCUUAGGGGCUGGAACUGCCGGGCUUCGGGGCUUGGGGCUGACUCGGUCCGCGCCCGUCCUCCUCUCUCCCUCGGAUUGGCUGCCCGGGGUCACGUGAAGGCCGGGGGGGUUGGAAUUCUUGAGUUGUGGCUCUUGGCACUCCUUUUUCUUUUUAAAAAUCGCCUGGUCGGUGCAGCGCUGCUGGGCAGGGUGCCUUGCUCUUUGACUAAGACUGGAGACAGACGGAAACAGCCACAGGGCAGAGUGAGGUGGCAAAAGGAAAAUCUGCCGAGAUGUUCAGUCAGGGCCCCAGGACCCCAGCUUCAGGCUGCUACUAUCUCAAUUCCAUGACACCUGAGGGCCAGGAGAUGUAUUUGCGAUUUGAUCAGACUGCGAGACGCUCUCCUUACAGGAUGAGCCGGAUUCUAGCACGCCAUCAGCUAGUGACUAAAAUUCAACAAGAAAUUGAGGCGAAGGAAGCAUGCGACUGGCUCCGUGCUGCUGGGUUCCCACAAUACGCUCAGUUGUAUGAGGAUUCCCAAUUUCCCAUCAACAUUGUGGCUGUCAAGAAUGAUCAUGAUUUUCUUGAAAAGGACCUUGUAGAACCUCUUUAUAGACGACUAAAUACAUUGAACAAGUGUGCCUCAAUGAAACUUGAUGUGAACUUCCAAAAGAAAAAGGGUGACGACUCAGAUGAGGAAGAUCUCUGCAUCAGCAACAAAUGGACUUUCCAAAGAACCAGCCGCCGGUGGUCUCGUGUGGACGACCUGCACACGCUGUUCCCCGGAGGAGACCGGAAUGGGUCAUCGGGAGACGUGAGGAUGAGAAACACCACGAGCAGUGAAAGCGUCCUCACAGACCUGAGUGAGCCCGAGGUCUGCUCCAUUCACAGCGAAAGCAGCGGAGGGAGUGACAGCCGCAGCCAGCCGGGCAGCAGCCACAGCGCUGGCCGGGAGCCGUUCGACUGCCCCGGCCAGUCCUGCCCCGACAGCCCGGUCAUGCUGGAUGCCACGUUCCUCGGCAGCGGCCUCCCACAGUCCCCCAGAGACGUUCUUAACUACCCCCUCCACCCAAAGAAUGAGAAACCCACCAGGACCAGAGCCAAGUCAUUUUUGAAACGCAUGGAAACUCUCAGAGGGAAGGGAUCACAUGGAAGGCACAAGGGGCCGGCGCGGACCGGGGGCUUGGUGAUCAGCGGGCCCGUGCUGCAGCAGGAGCCGGAGGCCUUCAAGGCCAUGCAGUGCGUCCCCAUUCCAAACGGAGAUCUCCAGAGCUCGCCCCCCACUGCCUGCACCAAAGGACUCCUGAGUGCCAGCAAAUGGGGUAGGGAGAGCAGCCAGUCAGAAAACAGCAGCAGUGGGGUGAGCACGCCCGGCCUGAAGGAACGGAAGUGCCAGGAGGCCAACAAGCGUGGGGGCAUGUACUUGGAAGACCUGGAUGUGCUGGCCGGGACAGCCCUGCAGGAUGCAGGCAAUCAGAACCACAUGCAUGAGUUCCAUUCCCAAGAGAACUUGGUGGUGCACAUCCCCAAGGAUCACAAACCGGGUACGUUCCCCAAGGCGCUGUCUAUCGAAAGCCUCUCACCAACAGACAGUAGCAAUGGGGUUAACUGGAGGACCGGCAGCAUCUCCCUGGGCAGACAGCAGAACCCCGGGGCCAGGGAGCCUAGGCUCAUGGCGUCCUGCCACAGAGCGAGCAGAGUCAGUAUCUACGACAACGUCCCGGGCUCCCAUUUGUACGCCAGUACAGGAGAUCUUCUGGACUUGGAGAAAGAUGACCUCUUCCCUCAUUUAGAUGACAUUUUGCACCAUGUCAAUGGGCUCCAAGAGGUAGUGGACGACUGGUCAAAAAAUGUCUUGCCUGAACUGCAAACACAUGAUGCAUUGGUUGGGGAACCCGGCUUAUGUCCCUCCCCAUCUCCUAAUCAGAUCACCUUAGAUUUCGAAGGCAACUCUGUCUCCGAGGGUCGGACGACACCCAGUGACAUGGAAAGAGAUGGAACAUCUCUUAAUGAGUCGGAGGCCACUGGGGUCCGAGAGAGGAGGGACUCUGGUGUAGGGGCCUCUCUGACCAGGCCAAACAGGCGACUCCGAUGGAAUAGUUUCCAGCUCUCGCACCAGCCCCAGGCGUCCACAGCGCCGCACAUCAGCAACCAGACGGCCGGCCAGCUGAACCUGCUCCAGCGCUUCUCGCUGCUCCGCCUCACGGCCAUCAUGGAGAAGUACUCCAUGUCCAACAAACACGGCUGGACGUGCCUCUCCCCACAGGCUGCCCCAAGAGGUUUGCAUGACCUGGUUUCUGUGAAUUCUAGGUCAGUUCCAAAGUUCAUGAAGAGGAUGAAAGUUCCUGAUUACAAAGACAAGACUGUCUUUGGUGUUCCUCUCAUAGUUCACGUCCAGAGAACAGGACAGCCCCUGCCUCAGAGUAUUCAGCAAGCACUCAGAUAUCUGCGUAGCAACUGCCUCGAUCAGGUGGGUCUCUUUCGAAAAUCAGGUGUGAAAUCUCGAAUCCAUGCAUUACGUCAGAUGAAUGAGAACUUCCCCGAGAAUGUCAGCUACGAAGACCAGUCUGCAUAUGACGUGGCGGAUAUGGUAAAACAGUUCUUCCGGGACCUCCCAGAGCCUCUUUUCACCAACAAGCUCAGCGAGACCUUCCUCCACAUCUAUCAGUAUGUCCCCAAGGAGCAGCGGCUGCAGGCAGCCCAGGCUGCCAUCCUGCUGCUGGCCGACGAGAGCAGGGAGGUCUUGCAGACACUGCUGUGUUUUCUCAAUGACGUGGUCAACUUGGUGGAAGAGAACCAGAUGACACCCAUGAACCUGGCUGUGUGUCUGGCCCCCUCCCUCUUCCAUCUGAAUUUACUGAAGAAGGAAAGCUCCCCCAGAGUCAUACAGAAGAAAUAUGCCACCGGGAAGCCAGAUCAAAAGGACCUCAGUGAGAACCUGGCGGCCGCGCAGGGCCUGGCCCACAUGAUCACAGAAUGCGACAGACUGUUUGAGGUCCCGCAUGAGUUGGUAGCCCAGUCCCACAACUCAUACAUGGAAGCUGAGAUCCACGCUCCAACUCUGGAAGACCUGGGGACCCAGAUGGAAGAGAGUGGGGCAACUUUCCAUACGUACUUGGAACAUCUUGUCCAAGGCCUCCAGAAAGAAGCCAAGGAGAAGUUCAAAGGCUGGGUCACGUGCUCCAGCACAGACAACACAGAUCUUGCUUUCAAAAAGGUGGGAGACGGGCACCCGCUGAAGCUGUGGAAGGCCGCCGUGGAGGUGGAGGCUCCCCCUUCCGUGGUUUUGAACCGUGUGCUGAGAGAGCGCCACCUGUGGGAUGAGGAUUUUGUGCAGUGGAAGGUUGUGGAAACCCUGGACAAGCAAACAGAAAUCUACCAGUACGUGUUGAACAGCAUGGCCCCCCACCCUUCCAGAGACUUCGUAGUUCUCAGGACCUGGAAGACUGAUUUGCCCAAAGGCAUGUGUACCCUGGUGUCCCUCUCUGUGGAGCAUGAGGAAGCCCAGCUCAUGGGUGGCGUGCGGGCCGUGGUGAUGGAUUCUCAGUACUUGAUAGAACCGUGUGGCUCCGGCAAAUCAAGACUGACCCACAUCUGCAGGAUAGACCUGAAAGGUCACUCCCCAGAGUGGUACAAUAAAGGCUUCGGACAUCUGUGCGCAGCGGAAGUUGCCAGGAUUAGAAACUCUUUUCAGCCCCUCAUUGCUGAGGGUCCAGAAACUAAAAUUUGAGUUUUCCCCAGUGUGACAUCAACCUCAGGGAAGAGGAAGUGAACGGAAACACUUGUGGGAGAGAGUGUGCUCGUGAGAAAGCAAGAGAGAGAGAGAGAGAGACUGAGUGACUUGGCUAGUGCUUAAAAAUAGAAACACUGAGAAAUCGGAAUGUUGAAGAUGCAAGAAUUUCUGAGAACUUUCCUAGCCUUCCUGGAGAUGGCUACAUCCCUACUAAUAUAAUAUUUUUAAAAAUCAGAACAUUUAUCUAUGUUACUUAAAAUUAAAUGGAUUAUUCCUUGUGCAUUGCCUAAUUUGCUAUUUAAAGGCUUCUAAGAAGCAUAUUCUUAACUGUAAAUAAAUGUAUGUGUAGCAUAUGUACAUAUGUGUGUAUAUCUCUAUCUUUACUGUAUAUAUGUACAAUACCAAUUUUAUAUAUAAUUGCGUCUUUUGAAAAGGAACGUGUCUGACUCAGUGAGUCCCUUACUCACUCAUGUGGUUCUUUCCAAGUUGCUCUGGGCCCAUCUCCCCACUGUCCUGUAAGCGGAGCAGAAUCUGCUGCUAACCCCGAGGUGUGAAAAUGUGUAGUCUGUCAGUCUGCCCUGAUGUUUAACCAAAGAUUAGCUAACCAAAGGAAAACAACAUUCAAAGGUUCUUCUGUGUUGUCAGUUUGUUGUAUUAAUCAAAAACAGAGCAUGGAGUGUUGAAUAAACCCAGGAAAAGAAUACUUACUCCUCUUAAAAGCACAGAGGUGGGGAAGAAGUUGGGACCAAAGGUAGGGCUGGGUGACCCAGCCAGCUGCAAUUUCAGGAAAAUGUCAAAUGCCCAUGGGCUACUGGAGUCAGUGCAAGCGACUGAAAGAAACUUUAUUUCCCUGCUGCUUAGAGCCAAAUAGCGUAGCCUUUGCAUAUUCAUAGCCAAAGGGGGCCUCUGUGUUUGACCAAGUUUUCAUAGAUACAUUUUAUCCUGUUCCUAAAUGUCAUUGUAUAUGACCAGUGGCCUGUUUGGUCACAGUUAAUUGGCAUUUUCUUAUCGAUGUAUUGCACUGAAUUGAACUCUGGACACCAGGCAAGGGGAGGCAAUGGUCAUUCGAGAGUCCUAGACCGUUGCAGUUUCAGGGAAUUCUUAUUUUGCUACAUGUGAUGCGCUACAAUGUAAUUCAUUCAUAUCUUGCAGUUUGAAAGACAGGGUUUUUAAACUAACGGGAAGACCAAAACUAUGCUCUGCAAUUAGUCUUCAAAAAUAUAAACAGGUUUCUUAAUUUCGCAUUUCUUCAUUAGCCAGUCAAGCUGACCUAGGUGUUUGACCUUAUUUAUUAUUGUAUAGACUAAGCUGAUGGACUCUCCUUAACCAACUGCUGGUGGAUUUAAGUUGUGGGGUCUUUUUUUUUUUAUUGUAAUUCAACAACUGUAGAGAGGAAGAUAAAUUAUUAUGUUUGGUUUCAGGGAGAGACUUCGGUAAUCCGUGAGAGAUUGGUAUCAGAAUUUAGCAACUGGUGUGGGAGGAAAAAAAUAAAUGAGUGUAUUCCCCUUUUCUGUAUUGUAUGCAUUUAUGUUAUUAUGUAUUUUUUUUUCCUUCAGCAAUGUGCAAUUCUUUUAUUGAAAGAAAUAAAAAUGCUAUAUAUGAGUUCUGUAUGAUAUAAGGAAAAUCAUGCUAUUUGAAUUAGUUUUUCAUUUCCUUGCCUACGCAAGAAAGUGCCAGCCAACCCGUAAUUUUCCAUUUGGACAGUGCUCUGUAAGCAAAACAAAUUCACUUCUGCCGUGGCUCUUAAAUUUAACCGUAUAGGCUGGAUUACUUUCUUAUGCAAAGAUAAGAUUAAUGAGGUUUAGCCUAUGUUAACACUGGUCCAGAGAUGGAUUCCUAGGUGUUUGGAAAAUAUGAUAGACAUACAAGGAUGAAUCGUGCUCUGUCACUGAGUUGAGCAUACGCAAGAAUCACCUGGAGAUCUGGUUCAAAUGUAGACUCUGAUUCGGGCAGUCUGGAGUAAGGGUCUCCAUUUCUCACAAAUCUUGGGGAUGCUCGUGUUGCUGGCCCAAAGACCACACACUCUGGGAAGCAAGACAAUACCAAAAGCAACUAUGAUUGUAUUUCUGACUCCUCCUCUCUUCAAAUUAUCCAACUGACUUUUCUCUUUUUACGCACAUACUAAUCACUGCUGCAUAACACAGUGUGUCUAAAAAAAAAGGAAUAAGGAAAAAGGAGGGAAAAGAUGCAUCAAGCUUGUUUGUCAAAUACCACAGUGUUUUAUUCAUUGUUAUCUUGCCAAUGGAAAUAAAAUAUGAUACUGCAUUUAAAUAUUAUAUUUAUACCUCAUGUAUAUUUUUACCUCAAUUGUUGGUAUCAAUCAUCAAUUGUAAGUAAAUAAUUGCUAAGACAAAUAAAUUUAUAUACAUUAAA